UCUCUCUCUCUCUCUCUCGGUUAUCCUUGAACAUCUCGUUCGAUUUUGUUCGAAGACAUGGGAAAUCAUCUUGGUGCUUGUGCAAACUUGUCCCUGCCUAAGAAGCUUGGCAAGUCCUCAAAGCCUAAAAUUGAGCAGGAAAGCCAUCAGUGCAUGGCUACUGAAAAGGUCCAAGAGAAUAGAAAGGAGGCAGAGAUCUCAAUUGACAAUGGAACUGAGCCUGAAAAGCCAAUGGCCGCCAAUGAGAGUGCCAAUGAAAGUGUCACUAUUUGCCAGUCUCAAGAACCCUUAAUCAAUAUGGAUGAAGUGCAGAAUACAUCAAAGGGUGCCACUACUGAUGAAGAAGCAAAGGCUGUAGAGGCAGCUGAACAUCCUGUUGUCACCAUUGAAGGAAGAUGAGCAAGACUCUAUUAAAGUGUUCGGUUAAUUGUACUAGGGUUAGAAGCUUUUAAGUUAACUUUAAAGAUUAAUAGGUUAAUG